UCUCUUUUCAGUCCGUCAAACGCGUUCGUGGCAAGUUGUUGUGUAUAAAAUAAAGUUGUAUUGUUAUCAAUUUUCCGGCGAUCGCGUUAUCAAGACCACCCACUAUAGAAAUAAAUUAUAAACACUUAUUAGCAUGGAACCCACUCGGUACUUCGGAGGCGUAGAAGGUGGCGGCACCCACUCCAACCUGGUGAUCUGCGACGGUCUGGGGCGGGUUGUGGGACGCUCGCGAGGGCCUGGCACCAACCACUGGUCCAUGGGCAUCGACGAGUGCGCCCAGCGAGUCAUCACCAUGCUGCACGCCGCCAAGAGAGACGCCGGCAUACCGCUGGACACGCCCUUGGACUCCUUGGGCCUGACGUUGUCAGGGUGCGAGCAGGAAAGCAGCAACGCAAUGCUGGCAGCGCGCGUGAGGGAGAAGGACGCAGCAUGCGCUCAGGCCGUCUACGUAGCUUCCGACACCGCCGGCUCGCUGUUCACGGGAGCUCCCAAUGGUGGCAUGGUUCUUAUUGCUGGUACGGGGUCGAACAGUUUGCUGCGUACUCCAGACGGUCACCAGUACGGUUGUGGAGGGUGGGGGUACCUCUUCGGAGACGAGGGAGGAGCGUACUGGAUAGCGUUCCGCGCAGUGAAGACGGUGUUCGACGACAUGGAUGGUCUUCGUCCCGCGCCGCACGACACCGAGCUGGUGUGGGCCGCCGUGCGCGAGCACUUCCGCGCAGAGACCCGCGCCGACCUUUUGCCCUACGCCUCCACUUUGUUCGACAAAUCGCACUUCGCAGGCCUAACAGCAAAGCUGUCAAAACUGGCGGAAAGCGGCGACGCGAUGUCGCAGCACCUGUUCGCGGACGCGGGCGCGGCGCUGGCGGCGCACGUGGCGGCGCUGGCGGAGCGGGCGCAGCGCGCGCACGGCGCCGUGCUGUUCCGCGGCGGCGUGCGCGUCGUGUGCGUCGGCUCCGUGUGGAACAGCUGGCACGCGCUCCGCCCGGGCGCGCUCAACCAGCUGGCGGCGAGACGAGUAAAGUUCGACCUUGAGCUUGUCCGACUUCGAGUAUCGAGCGCGAUGGGAGCCGCCUGGCUGGCUGCCAAGCAGGUGGACUACGAUUUACCGAGGGAUGAUACCGCCUUCUGUGAAGUCUUCUACACAUACCGAUCGGAUAUUAACGGCAAAAUUAACGGUACACAUAACGGAAUCGAGAACGGUAUAACCGAAAACGUCAUAGGUUACGUUAGUGCUAAGGAAAGGUUAAAUGCUGCCAAGUUGAUAAGUGAUAAACUCGCAGGAAGGCGGGAUCAAUUUAAUUUCAUAGCUGAUGUAGUAGCAGUGUCCGCACCGUCAGUGGUGUACAUAGAGAUAAAAGACAGUCGCAGAACAGACCCGUAUACUGGUGAAUCCCUCACACUGUCCAACGGCUCUGGAUUCAUAGUGAAAGACGACGGGCUGAUACUGACCAAUGCUCACGUGGUGGUCAACAAGCCCAAUGCUGUUGUUAAAGUCAAGCUUAUGGAUGGCUCCAACCACACAGGCUUUGUGGAGGACGUUGACCUGAAGUCAGACCUGGCCACACUCCGGAUACCCAUGAAGAACCUGCCCACCAUGAGACUGGGCUCCUCUGCCGACCUCAAGCCUGGCGAGUGGGUGGUGGCAAUGGGCAGUCCCUUGGCUCUCAGCAAUACUGUGACAGCGGGAGUGGUCAGCUCCACACAGAGAGCCAGCGAGGAGUUGGGGCUACGAGGCAAAGACAUGGUGUACAUACAGACGGACGCGCCGAUCACGUUCGGCAAUAGCGGCGGGCCGCUCGUCAACCUGGACGGCGAGGCCAUCGGCAUCAACAGCAUGAAGGUCACCUCCGGCAUCUCCUUCGCCAUACCCAUCGACUACGUCAAGGAGUUCCUGGCUAAGAGCAAGACGAAGGCGCCGCCGGUGUCGAAGCGCUACCUCGGCAUCACCAUGCUGUCGCUCACAGACAACAUCCUCAUGGAGCUGCGUAUGAGGAACCCAGAGAUGCCGAAGGACAUAGAGCACGGAAUCCUCGUGUGGAAAGUCAUCAUCGGCUCGCCGGCAUACAAUGGCGGGCUCCAACCGGGUGACAUAGUCACGCACAUCAACGGCACGCCGGUACGCACCGCCGCCGACAUCUACGCGGCGCUCGAGAGCACGCCGGGCCCGCUCACUGUUGACGCGGUGCGCGGCCGAGCACGCGUGCGCCUCACCGUCACGCCCGAGAUGCACUGACGCGCGCGCGCACGCACCACCGCCGACAUCUACGCACGCCCGCAGACUAAGCUGCCGACAUCUCCGACAUCUACGCAGCGCUCGGAAGCACCACCGCCGACAUCUACGAGAGCGCGCCGGGCGUGUUCGCCUUACGCUUGUACAGAAUACAGAUGUAUUAUAAGAUUGAAUAAAGUAUUGAAAUGUUGUACAA